AUGAGUAGUUCAGUUUGUGACAUGGUUGAGAAGCUCCUAAGAAAGCCAGAUGGGAAAGUGUCUUUGGAUGCGCAGGUGUGGUACAAAGGAGGUGGGGAAAGAGUCCAGAAGAUUUUUUUUAACAUAAACAAGAUCCUCUCAAGCACUCUUUGCUUUGGACUCCUAACUUUGUUAUCCGUGUUGAUUUUUUUACAUUCUGUGCAUGGACGACCAUAUCUUACUGAAGGAAAUGAAAUAUUUCCAGAUAAAAAAUAUACAAAUCGUGAGGAACUAUUGCUGGCUCUACUGAAUAAAAAUUUUGAUUUCCAAAGACCUUUUAAUACUGACCUAGCAUUGCCUAACAAACUGGAAGAACUUAACCAGCUGGAAAAGCUAAAAGAACAGCUAGUGGAGGAGAGGGAUUCUGAGACGUCCUAUGCUGUAGAUGGUCUAUUCUCUUCUCAACCUAGCAAACGAGCUUUUUCUCUGGAUGCAAAAAAAGAUAAGAAUAUCAGGAAAAGAUAUAUAUCUACUCACUCUGCUCCUGUUUCUGGGAGUGAGAUUUUUGGUGGGGGAAUCUUUGGCAUUGUUUUUGUCUAUGCCCUAAAAUUACAUUCUGGGCUUUACACGAAGAGGCUUUUGGAUUGGGUUGUUACUGGAAUAAGUACACCACUGGAAACUCUAAUUGUCGGUGGCCAGAAGAUGGAUCCUUUAAGUUAG